AUGGAUAACGGAGAGCGGGGAUCGGUUCUUUCCUCACGGAGGGAAUGUUCCGUGAUGAGGCGAAUCCGCAUGCUGGUUCCGGUUGGCUUCAAAGGCGAAAUAAUAGAGUUGUCAAAAUUGUCUGGACCGGUGAUUAUUGCCCAGCUCAUGAGUUUUGCUGUGAGUCUCGUCAGUACUGUUUUCUGUGGUCAUUUGGGGAGGAUAGAGCUUGCAGGAGUCUCUUUGGCCAUAGCAGUCAUCAAUGUGACAGGCGUAUCUAUCGGCACUGGACUGGCUUCAGCAUGUGACACUCUUAUGUCUCAGACCUUUGGCAGCAAUAACCUCCUGAGAGUUGGCGUCAUUUUACAGCGGGCAAUCCUCAUCUUGUUACUUGCCUGCUUCCCCUGCUGGGCCAUACUCAUCAACACGGAGCCCAUUCUGCUGGCCCUCCGACAAGAGCCAGAAGUAGCCAGGUUGUCCCAGAUGUAUGUGAAGAUCUUCAUGCCAGCACUUCCUGCUGCAUUUAUGUAUUCAUUAGAAUCAAGAUAUCUACAAAACCAGGGUAUCAUUUGGCCGCAGGUAAUCACUGGUUUUGUGGUCAAUCUUCUCAACGCUUUAAUCAACUACAUUGUUCUCUUUCCAUUAAAAAUGGGAGUAGCAGGUUCAGCUGUUGCCAACACAAUCUCACAGUUCUCCUUGGCUGGAUUUCUCUAUGUUUUUAUCAUUAUGAAAGGUCUUCACAAAGCCACCUGGGGAGGCUGGUCUAAAGAAUGCCUGCAGGACUGGGGCUCAUACAUCCGUCUGGCCAUCCCUGGCAUGGUCAUGAUGUGUGUUGAGUGGUGGACGUAUGAGAUUGGGGGUUUUCUGGCAGGUCUCAUAAGCGAGGUGGAACUCGGAACUCAAGCAGUUGUGUACGAACUGGCAAAUAUAGCCUACAUGUUCCCCAUGGGUUUCAGCGUGGCAGGUACCGUGAGAGUGGGAAAUGCUUUGGGAGCCGGAGACACCGAGCAGGCCAAGCUGUCUGCCAAACUGACCAUGUUCUGCGCAGAAUCAGUGUCUCUCUGCUUGGCAGUUCUCAUUGGAAGCCUCAAGAAUCAUAUCUCAUAUAUUUUUACAUAUGACGAGCAAAUUAGACAAAGAGUUUCUGACGUCAUGUCUUUUUAUACCCCAUUCAUCCUCCUAGAUGCAAUAUCUGCGGCGUGUGGAGGCAUUAUUAGAGGCACUGGUAAACAGAAAGUUGGAGCAAUUUGCAACAUUUUGGGAUUUUAUGGCAUAGGUUUCCCUCUUGGAGUGCCACUGAUGUUUGCUGCCAAAUUAGGAAUCAUAGGUCUUUGGAUUGGCUUGGUUACCUGUGUAUCACUGCAGUGCAUAUUCCUGAUUUUCUACCUUCUCAGAAUGAACUGGAAGACGGCUACAAUCGAGGCUCAGAUCAGAGCAGGAGUACAUGAGGGCUACACCACUACAAGUCCCCUGCCAGAGGACCAAGGCCGAGCAGACCUUACUACCCUGACUGACAUUGAGGAGGUACCUGCAGUCAAAACGGUGGAAGAUGAGCUCUCCUACAGGACUCUGGUUCUGCAUAGAGGCCUGGCUCUGGCUGUCAUGCUGUUUAUCUUGGCUGCUGGAGUCAUUAUAAACUUGCUGAUUUCUAAUUUGGUUACAUGA